AUGAUCCCGAUGCCGGUGGUGGUUUGCGUGCUGGGGGGCUGGUGCGUCGUGUACCUGGCCGACACCGUGUUGAAGUCGUCUUCCUCCCUGAAGGCAUCUUACGAAGACCGGCUUGCAUCAUACGGCCUAACCGUGUCUCCAUUUCACGUGCGAUGGCAGACUGCUCUCUUCAACCGCCUGUUUUACAAUUGGGGAAGAUGGAAACCCAGAUUUCUUUAUCUAUGGUUUAGUCUAGGAAUGCUUUUUGGCAUAGCUGCUAUGUUUGGUUCCGUUGUUCUCCUUGGGAAGACAUUGAUGCAGACAAUCUCACAGAUGCUAAAUGAAGCUCCUACAGCUCAGAAUGAUCAGAUGCUGCAGGUUGUGGUGCCUGGCGUAAAUCUUCCUAUCAGUCAGCUGUCCUACUUCUUCACAGCAAUUCUUAUCAGUGGUGUCAUACAUGAAGUUGGCCAUGGGGUGGCAGCUAUUCGAGAGCAAGUUCGAUUUAACGGCUUUGGGAUUUUUAUAUUUAUUGUUUAUCCUGGGGCAUUUGUUGAUCUCUUCACCACACACUUGCAACUUAUUUCUCCAGUCCAGCAGCUAAGAAUAUUUUGUGCAGGAGUCUGGCAUAACUUUGUGCUUGGAGUUGCAAGUCUUGUGGUUCUUUUCAUACUGCCAGCUCUUCUUUUUCCAUUAUAUUAUACUGGUUCAGGGGCCCUUGUUACUGAAGUCACAGAGGACUCUCCGGCUAAUGGACCCAGAGGCCUGUUUGUAGGCGAUCUUGUCACUGCUCUGCAGGAGUGUUCAGUUCAUAGUGUGGAGGACUGGAAUUCCUGCCUGGGAGAGAUUUCUCGGAAGCCACAAACUGGCUAUUGCAUAAAGGCAACAGUUCUGCAACAGUUAAGCUUCCCAUCUAGAGGUUUUAGGAGACUUGAUGGAACAAUUGAAUGCUGUAGCAACAAUAGCCUCACAGAUGUCUGCUUUUCAUAUAGUAAUAAUUUGGAGAGCCACCUGUAUACUUGUCUGCCAGCUCGGAAAACUAUUGAAGCCAGUCAGCUCUGCCGUACUAAUACAGAUUGCCAGAAGGACUUCGUUCCGAGCUUGUGUGUGACUCCGUCUUUGGAAAAUCAAACCAGACUCAUCCGGGUGAAACACUCUCCUCAGAUUGAUAUGCUGUUUGUAGGGCACCCGCUCCAUCUACAGUAUACAGUGAGCCUCAGCAGUUUCGUACCUCGGCACAGCUUUCUCAGCGUGGACCUGCCUGUGAUGAUGGAAACUUUUUGCAAAUAUCUCAUUUCACUCUCGGGAGCCUUGGCUGUAAUUAAUGCAGUCCCCUGCUUCGCUUUGGAUGGUCAAUGGAUACUAAACUCUUUCCUGGAAGCUACUGUUAGCACGUUGAUUGUUGAAAAACAAAACAGGGAGCUUGUAGGCUUUUUGAUUUUGCUUGCUGGCAGCACGCUUUUGGCUGCCAAUGUGGCUCUAGGACUCUGGAUUGUGACAGCACGAUAG